AUGGUGAACUGCAUGGGCAUGUUGAUCCACGAUGGGAUGAGUGCCGCAGUUUCGGACCACGGAGUUUGUCUAUGGCUAAUGGCUGAGUUGAGUUCCACUUCUAGGGUCCUGUACUCCAUUAACAUUUGUGGGGAGCUUAUAAUCAGGGAAAAAGUGACCGUUGCACUGCCGCGGGGAUACAUUUACAAGUACCCGGUAGCGCGCCAGAAUACCCUCCCCUGGCCGUGGGGCAACGCGGGCAACUCCGAGCCCACCGGCGUAUUGGUCUGCUGCUGA